CAUUCCAAAGAUCAAGCAUAUGCUCUGGAGAAUAGUUUCAAAAGCAUUACCGACUUGUUCCAGACUUGUGAAACGAGGUAUGAACAUUGAUCCUUACUGCCCACGUUGUCAUAAGGAAGAAGAAUCUAUUUGCCAUGUACUCUUCAAAUGUCCCUAUGCAAACAUUAAUUGGCGUUUAUCAAACACACGCGUGUUAACGUCACGUCAGUUUACGGAUGACAUUGAAGAAAAUAUUUCUUUAAUUGUGGAUUCCUACCAUAAUUCAAAUCUUACAGAACAACAAAAACUUGAUCCCUUUUGGCUUUUAUGGAGAAUAUGGAAAGAAAGGAACAAUUUAGUCUUCAAUAAAUUCAGAGAAAGUCCUUCGAGAGUUGUUAUACAAGUUCAAGCUAAAGUCAAAGAUUGGAUUAACAAUGUUGCAAAUUGGCGCAUCAAUAUACCCAAACCAAGCCACACUACAUCUGCUACUUCUACAUGGACAACACCACCUUUUUCUUUUGUUAAAUGCAACUUUGAUGCAGGCUUUGACGUUCGAACCUUUCAGGGCACUGGAGGUUGGAUAAUUCGCGACCAUUAUGGGAGAGCUAAAGCAUGUGGAUCAUCAAUUCUACCUCACGUGUCCACACCUUUAGAAGCGGAAACAAAGGCUCUGCUUGUGGCUAUUCAACAAACAUGGAUAAGGGGCUAUCGGAACAUAAUCUUUGAAGGCGACUGCGAGUUACUUAUUAAAGCCUUGAAUGGUCUUUCUCAGCAUCACGAACUGUUCAACCCGCUUCAUGACAUAGAUUUCUGGACUUCAAAAUUUUCUACUGUUAAUUUCACAUUCGUAGGGCGUCAAUGUAUCACUGCAGCCCAUUUUUUAGCAUCUUACGGUUGUAAUAAUGAUGUGUUUUACUCAAGUUCGAAUAAUCAGCCACUGGGGCUUCAAAAACUUCUUUGUAAAGAUUUAAAUACAUGAAUGAAAUCUCUGUUGCAGCA